UCUAUGAGCAUUCGAUAUGAAGCCAAAAAGACCACAUCUUUGAUAGAUUUCUAUGCUCCUCUUCUAUACAGUACACUUUUUCUUCCGUCUUCUUCGCCUCCACUGCAACUCAUAACUACACUUUACAGUCUACUGAUAGCCAUGAAUAAUCUCUUCGAUUUGAAGAUUUACAUCAACGACCAUCACACCUUCUUCCUCAACCAGAGUAUUCUCUGUUCCUUCUCCGGAAGAUUGAGGAAGAUUGUGAAGAGUGGAAAGCGAAGAACCAUCAUCAGAUUCACAGAUUUCCCCGGCGGCCCUGAUAGCUUCGAAUUGGUCUCAAGAUUCUGCUACAGCAAUGGCAGGAUAAACAUGAACCCCUCGAACAUUUGCAUUCUUUACUGCGCCGCAAUAUUUCUUGAGAUGAAUGAAGAGGUUGCCAUCUGCAACCUUUUGAGCCAAACAGAGACAUUUUUGGACGGCCUCUUCUACUGGACUUGGAAUGAUAUUCUCGCCUCUAUUAGAAGCUGUGAACCUUUCUUCAACGCAGCUGAAUCCUGUGGCCUCCUGCAAAAGCUCGUCUCAUGUCUUAUUGUCAAGAUCUCAGCCAACCCAGAAAUACCCCUCACCUCACUGACUCCAUUACAAUCUUCUCCUUCUUCCUCCUCCUCAACAGAUGCUUCGGGUUUUAGUUCUGAGUGGUGGUUUGAAGACCUAACAGCCCUUGCACCCUGCAUCAUUGAAAAAAUGAUGAGGGAGCUGGGUUCCCAUGGAAGUGACAGUAAGAAUCUGACCAUCACCAGAUUUUUACUGCACUAUCUCAAAUCAGUACAGCAGAGAAGUCAUAAGAGGGACUACAGGGGAAUCGCUGAUACAGCAGUUCAUGGAGUGGUGAUAGCUGGGAGAGAUGCGUUCAGUUGCAGGGGGUUAUUUUGGGUUCUGAGUGUGGUUUCAAGGCUAGGAAUUGGAAAAGAAAGCAGGGAGAAGCUUGAGUGGUUAAUUGGCUCAAUGCUUGAUAUGGCAACAUUGGAUGACUUACUUGUUUCAGGACAUAAAGAAGGCGUUUAUGAUGUGAAUCUGGUGAUUAGAUUGGUGAGGGUUUUUGUGAGCUAUCAGGAAGGAUUUGUGUCUUUUCAGAGAAUGGAGAAGGUAGGGAGGUUGGUGGACAAGUACUUGAGGGAAAUCUCUCCUGAUCAGAGCUUGAAAGUUUCCAAGUUUCUAGCUGUCGCUGAAAGCUUGCCCGAUUCAGCAAGAGACUUGUAUGAUGGGGUCUACAGAGCUUUAGACAUCUAUCUUGAGUCCCAUCCGAAUUUGACUUUUGAGGAACGCACAAUAUUGUGCCGAUGCCUAAACUACAAGAAGCUCACACUUGAAACCUGCAAAGACCUUGCAAAGAACCCAAGGAUCCCUCCUAGUGUGGCAGUCCAGGCACUGGUGUCUCAGCAGUCCAAGGUCCAGAUCCGAACGAACAUGGUGAAAGCCGCUGAAGCGGAGUGCCGGACCUCAGCCACAAGUUCCUGGGGAGUUAAUUCAGAGCAGCAGAAUUCAUCUGAGUAUUACACUGAGAAUGAAAUUUCAGCAUUGGACCUGCAGAAGAUGCAGAGCAGGGUGAUUGAGCUUGAGCAGCUUUGUGAAAAGAUGAGAGGCCAGAUGUCCAAGUUGGUAAGAGGAAGUUUUAUUGCAAGUCCUACAUACUAUAGUAGCAGGGGCAUGACCAAGCUCUGCUAAUUUUCUAUAGGCAACUUCAGCAGAUGGGAAUGGAUGUAUGGAAGCUUUCAUGUACUUCGUAAAGCCAUGUUCUACCUUGGUUUCUUGUACAAUUAGCUCACUGUAGACAACUUUUGUCUGCAAUUUUAUUGUAUAUUAA